AUGGAGGAAAUUGGUAUCUCCGUGCCCAAGGCAACAAAGCCCGUGGCUUCCGUCUCAGAGGUACGACCGAUGAAAGGAGCCCUGUGCCAUGCAUCUGACGUGGCCGACGGCCCCGACAGUGGCUCAUUCAGUCCCGAAGAAGACUUGUAUCUGACCUACAAGAAGCUCCAGCGUGAGCUGGAGUUUCUACAGGUCCAGGAAGACUACAUCAAGGACGAGAUGCGCAAUUUGAAGCGUGAAUACCUUCGGGCCCAGGAGGAGGUCAAGCGUAUCCAGUCCGUCCCGCUGGUGAUUGGUCAAUUUUUGGAGGCCAUUGACGAGACCAGCGGCAUCAUUGGAUCUACUACCGGGUCCAACUACUACGUUCGCAUCCUCAGCACGUUGGAUCGUGAGCUGCUCAAGCCAAGUGCCUCUGUUGCCCUGCACAAGCACUCCAACGCGCUUGUGGACAUUCUGCCGCCCGAGGCUGACAGCAGUAUUGCAAUGAUGACAGCCGACGAGAAGCCUGACGUUUCAUAUGCCGAUAUUGGAGGCAUGGACACCCAAAAGCAGGAAAUGCGCGAAGCCGUCGAGCUGCCUUUGACACACUUUGAACUCUACCAGCAGAUUGGUAUUGACCCGCCUCGAGGUGUGCUGAUGUACGGUCCUCCGGGAUGUGGUAAAACCAUGCUGGCCAAAGCCGUGGCUCACCACACUACAGCAGCCUUCAUUCGCGUGGUCGGCUCGGAGUUUGUUCAAAAGUACCUCGGCGAAGGCCCUCGUAUGGUCCGCGACGUCUUCCGUCUGGCCAAGGAAAACUCACCUGCAAUCAUCUUCAUCGAUGAGAUCGAUGCCAUCGCCACCAAGCGUUUCGAUGCACAAACCGGCGCCGAUCGUGAGGUGCAGCGAAUUUUGCUCGAACUGCUCAACCAAAUGGAUGGUUUCGACCAGACUGUCAACGUGAAAGUUAUCAUGGCCACCAACCGUGCGGACACCUUGGAUCCUGCGCUUCUGCGACCGGGCCGCCUUGAUCGCAAGAUUGAGUUUCCUCUGCCUGACCGUCGCCAAAAGCGCUUGGUCUUCAACACUGUUACAAGCAAAAUGAAUCUGUCCGACGAGGUCGAUCUCGAGGAUUUUGUGGCUCGUCCCGACAAGAUCUCUGGCGCUGACAUCUCCUCCAUUUGUCAGGAGGCUGGCAUGUUGGCUGUGCGCAAGAAUCGCUAUGUGAUCUUGUCCAAGGACUUUGAAGAAGCCUACAAGAAUGUGAUCCACAAAGACGAGGACGAACACACCUUUUACAAGUAAAAGCCCCAGUGUGGCUUUUUGGUACGGCUGUGGCGGCACCAUUUGAAUGUCGUGGCAUGGCCGGGCCAUCGGUAUUCCGCUUGAUGUAAAAAUUCAAUGUUUAUCAGGCGCCCC